AGUUAGUUGAACUGGGCUGACCGUCGAUUGAAGUUCGUGAACCGCAGCAAACGUGACGAAAAUGGAACCAAAGGUAUCGAUUGCGUCACUACUACUACUGCUAUCUGCAAUUAAGGCGGUGGAGAACCAACCAAACACCGGAAGUCUUUCCAAUCAAAAAAGAACACCUUCGAGUAAUGAGCACUGCGAAGACUACAACGAUAUUUCCAGUUGGAUGAAAGAGCAGUUGAAUCUUAAUUCCCGAUUGAGACACUUUCAGAGAGAUCUGGAUUUUAUUCUUAGUUCCCUUAAUAGAACGACUUCUCCAAAGAUGUGCUACUUCUAUGAGGAAGACACCCUAAAAUUAGUCAUUGAUCAACUUAAUGCAAUCCAAAAAGGCAGUGGAAACCAAACAGGACAGCUUGAGUCCAACCUGGACCUGGAAAGUAGCCUAGAAAUUAUUUUACCACAGAUAAGAAAUUUAUUACCGAAGGGCAUCCAAAGCUGCUGUGCAAAUUUCGGAAAAUUAAUUGAAAAGAUAAAAGAUGAUCUAGGAAAAACAUUGAAGGCUCUGAAAAGAAAACUAAAAGAAGUUCGCUCAGAAAACUCCAGAGAGAACGAAGUGAUUCAGAAGAAACUAAAAGACCUGGAGAAUCAAAUAGAAGAAACGAAACCAAGCCUAGAAAGGUUGCAAAUACAAAUGGGAGACAAUGAUGAAAACACCAAAUGCUGUUCUAAACUGGAAAAAGAAAUUCAGGAUUUGGACAAUAAGCUAAAAACGAUGAAAAGUGAAGUAGGUGACAAAACUCAGAAGCUGGACAAUCAGCUAAAAAAGCUAAGAGAUAAACAAGGGAAUGCAGAUGAAUUAAUAAAAAUUGUUAAGGAAAAUAUAGAAGAUGGUGCUGAAAAUAUCAAAAAUAUUCUUAGCCAGUGCGACAAAAAUUGUGUGAAUAAAAACAGUUCCGAAGACAAAAAUUUGGAAAAUAAAUACCUUUUUGAUUUGGAAAAGAAAACUGAAAACUUACAGAUGCUGGUCGAAACCCUUUUCAAGAAGUUCGGCGAUUUGGACAUCAAGGGAUCAACCAACUUAAGUGUAACACUAAAUACUUGUCUGGAAAAUGGAGAAAUGCUAUCCAAAAUUAAAUCUCAUCUUCAAUAUUUGGAAAAGCAAAAAAAUGAAUCAUGUUUCGAGGGAUCGCCUAAACAAAAUUGUUCCUCUAAUGAAGGGCUGAAAAAACAUUUUAAAGAGCUACAAAAAGAAGGUGAAACUUUACGUAAAGAUCUGAAAAAAUUCGCAAAGUGCUGUGACAAAAUAGACGAUCUCAACCUGCAGGUUGCUAGAUUGGAAAGUUUGCUUAAGGAAAUGAACCAAACUUAUAAUGAUCACCUUAAAGAUAACUCAAAUCAAAUUGAUGCCAUAAGAAAAAGCAUGGAUGAUUCUUUGAAAAAGCUGGGCACCAAUAAUCAACCGAAAGAUAUCGAAGAUCUUAAGGAGCAAAUAAGUGACCUCAAGAAAUUGCUAGACCAAGCUAAGAUCAAGUUUGAAAUUUUAAAAGAUCGACAAGAUGGGCUUGUGAAAAAAAAGGAACUCAUGGAAAAUUCAACAUACUCUCCAAAUGAGUUGACAGGUCUGAAAAAGGAUUUCGAAGUGUUCAACAAAGAUGUUGACGGAAAGUUAAAGGACUUCGAACUUCUAAAGAAAAAAAAGAAGGACGCCAUGCCACUACUAGAGAAAUUCAAAAAUGAAGUUAGUCAAGAUCUGGAUAAAAUAAAGAAAAGUCUUUCAGGCUCUGACGACCUGGGAAAACAGGUUAAGGAUCAGAUUGAAGAUCAAAAAAAGCAGGCGAAUCUUAUGCUUGAUUGCAAGAAUAGGUGCAUGAAUAUUGACAAGAUGGAUGAUCUCAUAGAUCGAGUCGAGGACAUGGAAAAGCUUGUCAACAUAAAGAAAUCAAGAACAAGACGUUGGAAACGAAAAAGUUAUGUAUGA